GAAAACAAAAGCUAGCCAAAAUGCAGGCCAAAGCUUGCCAUAAUAUUAUUCCUCCAAGGCUUCUGCCACCAGCAAAGUUGCCGUCCACGGCGAGCCACAUAACAUUGCCAAGCCACGUACCACGAGCCAUAACAAUAACUACAUCACCAACUCACGAAGUUUAUACACCAGUACCAGAAAUUGAUGAUACAAUUACUGCCUUUUGGGAUUAUCAAUUCCUUUUUGUGUCCCAACGUUCAGAGGCCACUGAACCCAUCACCCUUCGUGUCGUGGAAGGCGCCAUACCGACCGAUUUUCCCUCGGGGAAGUAUUAUCUCACCGGGCCGGGCCUUUUCGCCGAUGAUCAUGGGUCCACGGUGCACCCUUUAGAUGGCCAUGGUUACCUAAGGACAUUUGAAAUUGAUAGUGGUUCAGGUCAGGUUAAGUUCAUGGCUAGGUACAUUGAGACGGAGGCUCAGGCCGAGGAGCGGGACCCAGUGACCGGGAAAUGGCGGUUCACUCACCGGGGCCCGUUUUCGGUCCUGAAAGGUGGGAAGAUGGUUGGUAACACUAAGGUAAUGAAGAAUGUGGCUAAUACUAGUGUGUUACAAUGGGGUGGUAGGUUGUUUUGCUUGUGGGAAGGUGGUGAUCCUUAUGAGAUUGAUUCUAAAACUUUGAAAACUAUUGGGAAAUUUGAGCUCAUCAACAACAACUGUGAAUCAUUAGCAGAAGAACAAAAAUUUAAUGGUGAUUUUUUGGAUGUUGCUGCUCAAAUCUUGAAGCCCAUAUUAUAUGGGGUAUUUAAGAUGUCUCCAAAGAGAUUGUUGUCCCAUUACAAGAUUGAUACUCGUAGAAACAGACUUUUGAUCAUGUCAUGCAACGCAGAGGAUAUGUUACUCCCUCGGAGUAAUUUUACAUUUUACGAAUUUGAUUCCAACUUCCAGCUGCUGCAAAGCCAGGAAUUCGACAUAGCAGACCACUUAAUGAUCCAUGAUUGGGCUUUUACAGAUACUCAUUACAUAUUGUUUGGAAAUCGCAUCAAGCUUGAUAUUCCUGAUUUUAUCUUCGAAUUGAAUAUUCUAUUAAAUAGUAUCCAUAAAUGGUCAGCUGGUAGAAGGAGAUUCAUUGGCGAGCCUAUUUUUAUCCCAAGGGGAACUACAGAAGAUGAUGGAUACCUUCUUGUCGUUGAAUAUGCAGUGUCAACACAAAGGUGCUAUCUUGUAAUUUUGGAUGCACAAAGAAUUGGAGAGAAGAAUGAUGUGGUUGCAAGACUUGAAGUCCCAAGACAUUUGAAUUUCCCACUUGGUUUUCAUGGCUUUUGGGCUCCUAGCAACACUAGCAAUGGGAAUUUACCAAAUUUUGAAUCCAAGUGCAAGGAUUCAUGGUCAAUGCUAGAGGAAAACAUGGUUUAUCUUGGGAACUCAAAAAACUCAAGGUAGCUGCAGCUUCAAAGAGGAACUUCUCUUCUUUUAUUUUUUUCACAGUUUCACUAAACAAUGUUUUCAUGUAUACUGUAUACAUGUCCAUUUUUACCAAAAAGAAAAAAAUGCACGCAUGUCCAUUAGUAUAUAGCUUUAUUCAAAAGUGUUAUUUGUAAAAUAGUUCAUUCGUAUACCAGAAUCAAUAAGAUCAGUUCCAACA